CAAGGUUUGAGAACUUCCAACGGCACCAGGAUUCGCGGUUCCAACCAAUCCGGGCGCGCUAAAAGAAGAUUCCGCCAAAAAGCGUCCAGACCGUCGGACCCCCAAAACCGAACCAACGCACCAGCUUGACGACGCCGGCAGCGGACUCACACGGAACCCACAGCAAACAACCAUGUCGUCGUGCAGGCAAUGGCUCUCGUCGGCCGUCCGCCAAUGCCGGAUCGGCCCGGCCCAGCAACAGCCGCGAUCAUUCUCGACUUCGGCGCCCGUUGCAGCCUUCCGUAGCAUCUUUGGAGACAACGAGUCCAACGCCGGGACAACGAGCAGCAGCGCCAGGAGACAGCGCCCGAGCUCCAACUCGAACGAGGCCCUGUACGGGCUGCUGACCGAGAGCGUGGAGCGCGGCGGGCCGCUCUCGGCCGAGGAGCAGCGCCAGGUGAUGGAGCAGCAGGGGGGGCUCGGGGCGAGGGCCUACGUCAAGGACCUGCGGGCGACCGCCACGACCGACAACUACCUGCGCCAGAUGCCGCGCCGCUGGCGGACCGGCGACGUCUACGCGCCCCGCGACAUGAGCCCGGCCGAGAUGCGCAAGUGGCGCCAGGGCCGCCGCCCGACCAGGGACAUCAUCGACAUGCUGGGCUUCAACCCGCUUGAUAACUACAAGAACUUCUCCCUCAUCUCCGAGUUCAUGACCACCAUGGGCCGCAUCAAGCACUCGAGCGAGACCGGGCUGCGCCCGGUCAACCAGCGCAAGAUCGCCAAGGCCAUCCGCCGGGCCAUCGGCAUGGGCCUGCACCCCAGCGUGCACAGGCACCCCGAGAUCCUCCGGCUCAGCCGCCACGGCCUGCCGACCGCGUCCAUCCCAACGCCAUCGGAUCCGUCGCAGAACAGGUUAUAGGGGGAAGGGUGAUAGGACCAAGAGGGAAAGGAGAACCGGACCAACCCUUGGAGGAUAACUAUGCCGCCCUUCUUCACCCGGUGAUGUUGUGUACAAAAAUAUUAGACCUCCCAAGCUGAGUUCCCAUUGUAUGAUUAUCAUGGAGAAUAACCAAAACACGGGCCCGGCCAUACAACCGUG